CGGCGUACCACACAACCAUGUAACCCCGCCUUCAUGUCACGUGACAGGGAAGAAGGGAAGGGAGGAAGGAAAGAAGGAAGGAAGGAGGAGAAGUAAAAGAUAAAUAACGGGGAGAUUAUGAGCCUGACAAGAGGAGGAGUCAUCGUCUGAAGCCUUCAGACUGACUGACGGAGAUACGAGAAGAUGGAGACAUGUUGAGUGGUGAGCUCCAGAUGUGAUGGGAGGACAGAGGUGGAUAGCAGCUGGACAUGAGAUGAACACGUAAAUAGAGAAUCCUUUGAGGGAAAGAAGAAGGGGAGAAGAUGAAGCUGAACGAACGCAGCGUUGCUCACUACGCCACCUGUGACUCCCCACCAGACAAGACAGGCUUCCUGUUCAAAAAGGGCGAGCGCAACACGGCUUAUCACCGGCGCUGGUGUGUCCUGAAAGGGAACAUGCUCUUCUACUUUGAGGAGCGGGACGGCCGAGAGCCCAUUGGCGUCAUCGUCCUGGAGGGAUGCACCGUGGAGCUGUGCGAGUCAGCUGAGGAGUUCGCCUUCGCCAUCAAGUUCGAGUGUGCCAAAGCUCGCGUGUACAAGAUGGCUUCUGACAGCCAGGUGGCUAUGGAGUCGUGGGUGAAAGCGUUGUCUAGGGCCAGCUUUGACUACAUGAGGCUGGUGGUGAAGGAGCUGGAAAGGCAGCUAGAGGAGAUCCAGGAGGCUGCAGGAGGCAGCUGUGCCGGGGCUGCAGUUGGAGGCUUGCAGGGCAGGCCGAAGGUGUCCAGGCGAAGCCAUGUUUCCCGGUCUAAGUCAGGAGCAUCCUCUACUUCAUCGUCUUCAUCCUCUUUAUCGUCGUCAUCAAGUGCUCCUCUCUUGUCAGUCCCCUUCUCCGCUCAAAAGAACAGCCAGGAUGAGGUGCAGCUCGUCUCUGGCUGCUCCAAAGAGAACGGGGUUGCAUGGAGUAGACCACCUGUUGCCUUGGCUAAUGGCUUCGUUGAGGGAGGGUCUUCCAGUGCGGCCUGGGAAGGCUGUGCAGAGUCUGGGAGUAGCACUGUGAUCGGCUAUGGGGCCGAGGGGUCGAGGGCUCCACCAGUGCCCCCGAGGAGAAGAGGAGCAUCUCUGGAAAGCCCUGUCUCCCCCGGCACCGUCUGCUUCUCCAAACUCCAUGACUGGUACGGCAAAGAGGUGGAGGAUUUGAGAAUGCAGUGGCUGCAGAGCCAGUAAUGAUGAUGAAUGAAAUGGGUCAUUUAUUUUUCCACAUUAGAUCAUUCCUUCUUGAACAUCCUGAAAUGUUACACCCUUCUGGACCCAGCAGAAAGGCGAGAAAGCUUGGACAUUAUUCCAGAAUGCAGUCUUAACUCCCAUCAGAAUAUACAAAUACAAAAAUCACAGAUUGAUUCCAAAUCUUGUCUGGCACAGGUGAAUCAGUCAGUCUUAAAGAAUAACACUAUCCACUUUAUAAAUAUCUUUAUCCACUCCAAGAAAAUUUGAAAUUCCAAAUAGUUUUUUUCUAGAGUUUUGCUCGCUGUCGUUUGCCAAGGACAACAUGACUUUUUCAAGAGUGGGGCCAUGUGAUGGAUAAAACUGAUUCAGUCUUUUUCUGCCCAUCGAGCUUCUAAAUGUACUUGUGCAAUUGUUGUUGAGUCUGUUUUCUUUAAAGCGGUCGGACAAAGAUCAAGAAUAAUGUUUUGCUACACUUGAAGCUACACUUACAAACUAUUAUGCCAAGCACCUGAAAAAUACCACAAAAAAACACAUGUAGCUGCUAAAAUCAACAAAGUAAUCUAUUUUUCUAAUGGAAGGGAAAUGGGUUAUUUGCGAAUGAAACGAUCAAAUGACGAAAACAAAUCAAAGUAGAUCUUGAUGCCAUAGUGAUAUUUCAAAGUGCUUGAAUCAGGAAAUUAGACGAUCAAAUUAAAGAAGGUCCAAAUAAAUGUUUGAGCAGUUGGUAAUACCUUCUAAAUUAUCCAUUGGCAUCUCAAUUGAUGAUUUCAGGUUUCCUGCAACUUUAAAACAACAUCAAACCAGGAUCUUCUUAGCAGAGAAAUGAGGCGGCUCUCGGGAUAAGAAGUGUUGUUAUUUGGGAAAACGAGUCCAGCUUCUCCUCCGUACUCCCACUGGGGCAGCUCUCGCCUCAGAGACCUUUUAAUGUCAGAGCAUCUUCUCGACAGUCAGCUGGGACCGAGGUGGGAGCGGGAUGUCUUGCUCAGAGCUGCACACCCUGGUAUUUUUAGCCCCUGUUAGCCAGCGGCCAGAUGAUGUUGUGUCAUGAGAGCACUUGUCACUGAGUUUUCCUUUGACUGUUAUAUUUCUUAAAAGCAGAUUGUUUAUCCUUGACCUUGGCCGACGCUACACUUGUCACAAUUCUCUAAUAAUGACAUGUU